AUGGCCAGUACAUCAGAGGCAGGGGCAAGAAGCCCUGUCACAGGUUGCUGCGGAUAUAACCAACCUCUAGAGGACUUAUGCUUUUCCUCUCCUGCCCUGUGUCUCCCUGGCUGGCCUUGCUCUGCAUCUGGAUCUCUGUUCUCCCCUCUGCCGAAGGCUCUGACUCUGUGUAAAUAUUUUGAGGAGCAGAAACUCAGCUUCUGGGGCAAGACGGUGAUUGAGCUGGGCGCCGGGACGGGCAUCGUGGGUAUCCUUGCCACCCUGCUGGGAGGAGAUGUAACACUCACAGAUCUCCCACUGGCUUUGAAGCAGAUACAGGAGAACGUCCGUAGGAAUGUGCCUGCAGAGCAUUUAGCUCGGGCCAGAGUUUGUGCUCUGACGUGGGGUUUGAACCAUGAGGAGUUCCUGCGGGACUACGACUUCAUCCUGGGUGCAGACAUCGUCUACCUGAAAGACACGUACCCCAUGCUCAUCAGGACUCUCCGGCACCUGUGUGGCCCGCAUUCAACCAUCUACCUGUCUUCCAAAAUGCGUCAGGAGCACAGCACGGCUGUGUUCUAUGAUGGGCUGCUCCCAGAGCACUUCACCUCAGAACUGGCCUAUAGAGAUGAAACUGAGAACAUUAACAUAUAUAGAGUCACCAGCAAGCAGAAUAGCUGAAGUUGGGGCAGACCUUUCACCCAUGGACACAACGUGGCCUUUGGUUUUUCCCAACUGAGAGCUGCACCCAUGCUACAAUCUGAGUGAGCCACCAGCAGCCAAAAUGUCGCACACGGGGAGGAUGCAUUUGGACAGGAUUCUUCCUUUCAGCCAGCAAUACGCAGCCAAGAUGGUAGCAACCACCCCACCCCAAAUCUGAGAAGAGAUGCUGGAUUCCAGACCUAGAUACAGAGGGAGACAGAGUUUCCGGCUAUCCUUU